AUGGACGGCGCCAGCGUCUCGCAGCGGCGCUACAGCCACCCCUCCGGCGCGGCGAACCACACGCAGGGCCAGACGCCCACUGGGUCGCUUGACGCCUCCGGGGUGCAGCAGCCGGACGCGGACCGCGAUGCGUUGGUGGAACGCAUCCUGAAGGGCACGGACCCCAGCGUCAUGUCCACUCCGGUGUACUUCGACUACAAGAAGGACGCACGCGUCUACCGCUUCUUCCCCAGCGUGGGGCAGACGGCCCGGCACUUCCGGGACGACGGCAGCACGGUGCGCAAGGACGACCCGGAGGCGGUGCAGCAGGCGGAGGACCGCCAGCGCCGCGAGCGCGACACGGAACUCGCCGCCCGCGCGGAGCUGAACCCGGACUUGGUCGACGAGGGGGUCUCCACGAGCAUCCUCAAGAACCAGUUCAACUACAGUGACCGCGGCAGCCAGACGAUGAACAACCCAAUGAAGGAGCAAUGUGUCAUGACGGACCCGCCGCCGUCCACGAACUUCAGUGCGGUGGCCACCGCGUGGGAGAUUUACGACGCCUACGAGGAAGAUCGCAUUCAGACCGAAAAGGCCGCGGCGGCGCACAAGAAGGCCGCGGGGCACCGCACUGGAAAGGAAGAGGAUAAACUGACCCUGACGGUGGAGGACACCGGCGGCAGCAAAACCACGGAAGAGGUCUUAAGCUCCUCCACGUAUGGGCAGGCACUUAAAAUCAUUGAGCGAAUGGUCAACCAAAACGACUGCCACGACAUCAUUGAAGACUUCAAGUACUGGGAAGAUGAGAGUGACCUGUUCAAGGAGGAUGGCAAUCUACUGCCACUGUGGCAGUUCUUUACAACAAAGGUGCGACAUCGUGCGGUAACUAGCAUCUCGUUAAACAAUCGUUACAAGGAUCUGUUUGCGGUAGGCUUUGGUAGCUACGACUUUCAGCGACAGGGCAAAGGUGCCAUUCACUGCUUUACUCUGAAAAACACGGUACCGACACUCUCGGGGGUUCAAAUUCCCGCCCACCCAGAGUUCUCAUUUAAUUUGGAAAGCGGUGUCAUGUGUCUUGAGUUUCACCCUGUGGAAACGGCGUUAUUGGCCUGCGGCUUACAUGAUGGAUCGGUCUGUGUAUUUGACCUCCGCAUCAUGGGCAAGGACGGCAAGGAGGGUGUGAAACCUAUCUGUCAGUCUGACGUACGCUCCGGCAAACACAUGGACCCUGUGUGGGAGAUUCAUUGGUGCCGUGGUUCCCUGGAGCUCCAGUUCUACUCGAUCAGCACCGAUGGCCGUAUUACCAGCUGGUCACUACGCAAAAAAGAUUUGGUGUUCAAAGAUAUUAUGACCGUGACAACAGGUGCAUGCGCCUCAGACCCGGAAGCGAUGUUGCUUAGUCGCCUAAGUGGUACAUGCUUUGACUUCUCUGCGGUGUAUGACGGCCUCUUUAUCGUGGGUACCCAGGAGGGUUCUGUGAUGCUGUGUAGCAAAGGUUACCAUGGACAGUGCUUGGAUGCGCUACGAGGGGCACAGCAUGCCCGUGUACACGUGCCGCUGGAAUCCGUUUCAUUCUGA